CCUCUCUCUCUCUCCCUCCCGUCCAUAUCCAUUGUAACUUACUUCUCACCAGAUUGUCAGUCAAAAACUGUGUGAACGUAAAACCACACCGCAUCUUUUGCAUUUCUUUUUGCAAAUGAAAUCUAUAUAUAAAUUAUGAUUCAAAAAUGAAAAUCAAACAAACCCCUGAAAAACAUCUCGAUAGACGUAUACAGAGAAGGAGAGAGAGUUGCAGAACCAGACGGGUCAUAAGGCGGCGCGUCACGUUUGAAUUUUAUAAGUUCAUAGAUCGCUAAUCAAUCACGGCUGAAAGCGUUGCUUGUUAGAAAUCGCCGGAAAGGGAGUCAAAGUCCGUUGAGUCUUCGCUCGGUUUUCAUGUGCCUUCUGAAGGUGGCGAACCCACGAGAAACCGAGGGAGACACCAAUGAAGGGUUCUCGCAAGCACCGGCACUACCCACACAGCAGCAGCUCGUGGAUGUAUCGGCGGCAUCCAUUCUCUCGAGUUACAAUCGUUCAAGAGAGAUGUCAGCCAUGGUUUCGGCUCUGACGCACGUUGUGUCUGGAGAGAGGAGUGGAGAUUGGAUUUAUCGACCAAAUUUUUCUGGUUUUGCUGCACCAACUUUAGCUUCUUCUGGGGUGGCGGUGACCUAUGCUGCUGCUUCGCCUUCUUCUUCUUAUACAUCUUCUUAUACCUCUUCUUCUUCAUUGAGCGGUGUAGGACAGAAGAGAGGACGUGAGGAAGAGAGUUCUAGCCAGUUGCCUGAAGCAGUUUCGAGGAUUUACAGAGGAUUUGGUGAAUUCAGGACGUCAUUAGGAGAGUCUUCAUCCGUUUUGCCAGUUAAAGAAGAAGGUCCGAACAUUAUAACAACUACCACUGUUGCAACUUCAACUUCAUCAGCUACAGAUGAAAUUUCAACCUAUGAAGAAUCGGGAGAGAGGAGAAGAAGAUACAGAGGGGUGAGGCAGAGGCCGUGGGGGAAAUGGGCAGCAGAGAUAAGGGACCCACAUAAAGCUGCCAGAGUUUGGCUUGGUACAUUCGAUACAGCUGAAGCUGCUGCCAGGGCUUACGAUGAAGCUGCUCUGAGAUUUAGAGGAAACAGAGCAAAACUCAACUUUCCCGAGAAUGUCAGACUCAGGCCAUCUUUGUGCAAUCCUGCCACGACCCAGUUGACGAUUUCCGGUUCUCCAAAUACCCUUUCAACGACUUCUCAAAUGUCUCAACCGUUCGUACAAUCUCACAUACAGCAGCAGCACAGCUCUGACCUAAGAGAUUACUACGAAUACUCUCAAUUACUUCAGAGCUCCGGCAGAGAUUUUUCAAGGCAACCCACGAGUUUACUGGAGCAGAUGUAUUAUUCCUCGUCUUUAGCUGCUUCUAUGCACUGUUCAUCCUCCUCCCCCUCCUCUUCUUCUUCCUAUUCUUCCCCACUCACCUCUUCAGUUUCUUCUUCGACAUCCUCUACUGCAUUUCCUCUGUUUUUCGGGGAUCAUCAAAUGGGUUACAUGAUGCAGCCAGAAAAUCGUGACCAGCGUAGUGGUGGUGAUGGUGGAUCAGGUUUCCCGACGCCGUCGUGGACGGAUUCCGGCUACUAUCCGUCCUCUUCCUCUAGUUAAUUUUCUAUCUUUUGUUUUCUUUACCCCAUUGUUUUUUUUAUUGUUUGUUCAUGUCUUGAUGUGUUCUGUACGGAUGUGCUCUAUCGAAAUCUGCUUGUAACUUCGUCUGUCGUAUAAAAAACAAAGAAGGAAAGGAUAAAGAUCAGAGGAUUGAUUAGAAAGCAAAAGAAAUAAACAUGAUUUAGGACGUAGUUCUCAUCUUGGGUUUUUGAUGUUUA